UCAUUUACAGCAAGAUCUAUGAUACCAUACAGACCUUGUACUGUUCACAGUAUUCUCCAUUGAACAAUAAUUGGUGUUAAUGUGCGUCUGGAUUUGAACGGCCAACAUGAGAGUACGUGCUCGCCCCGGUCCAGGAAGAAGCGUGCGGGUACGUGUUCCAGGAAGAACUCUCCUCACGUAGCCAAUCUGUAGCCUUAGAGAAGCGGCGAGAGACGGUGGGCGGAGCCAGGGUGAGUGCAGGGAGCGGUUGCCAUGGCGUCUGUCCGCUUCACGGUCACGCCCACCAAGGCGGAGGACCUGCCGGGGCUGUCGGACACAUCGCCGGACGUGAGCUCGCGUUCCAGCGCCCGCGUUCGCUUCGGCUCGCGGGAGAGCGUCAGCCGCAGCGAGCCGCUCAGCGAGGCCUCGGGCGCCGUCACCACAUCCGCCACCGACACGCCCGACCGGCACGGCGAGCAGGGAGAUGCUCGGUCCAAGCUCUCCAGUGCGUACAUUAAUAACUCUCAUGGAGUGGACGACGAUGACUUCUAUGACAGGAACUUGGCUCUGUUUGAGGAGGAGAUGGACACCCGGCCCAAGGUCUCCUCUCUGCUCAGCCGCCUGGCAAACUACACCAACCUGACCCAGGGAGCCAAGGAGCACGAGGAGGCUGAGAGCAUCGGGGAGAAACGCAAACCCAGCAAGUCUCCUCAGAUGGGCACCUUCAUGGGUGUCUACCUGCCCUGCCUGCAGAAUAUUUUUGGGGUGAUUCUGUUCCUGCGCCUGUCCUGGGUCGUGGGAACUGCCGGAAUCAUGCAGGCCCUGUGUAUCGUUUUCAUCUGCUGCUGUUGUACCAUGUUGACUGCUAUCUCCAUGAGUGCCAUUGCUACCAAUGGAGUUGUACCAGCUGGUGGCUCGUACUUCUUGAUCUCUCGGUCGUUGGGUCCUGAGUUUGGGGGGGCAGUAGGCCUGUGUUUCUACCUGGGAACUACCUUCUCCGGAGCCAUGUACAUCCUGGGGGCCAUCGAAAUCCUGCUGAUGUACAUGGCUCCCGCUGCAGCAGUGUUCCAGGCGGGGGAUGAGGAUGACGAGCAGGCGGUGCAGCUCAAUAACAUGCGGCUGUACGGAAGCCUCUUCCUGCUGCUCAUGGCUCUGCUCGUCUUCGUGGGCGUCAAGUACGUCAACAAGCUGGCAUCCGUCUUCCUGGCCUGCGUCAUCAUCUCCAUCCUCUCCAUCUUCACUGGCGCCCUGGUCUCCGCCUUUACGCCCCGCCCUUUCACAGUGUGCAUGCUGGGUGACCGCCUGCUCUCGGGCCACGCCCUCCUCGAUGGGCAGUGUGCGAAGACGGUAGCGCUGAAGGACCUGGUGCAGGAGACAGCCAAUCAGACGCUGAAUGGCACUGCCACGCCCCUCAACACAACACUGACCUCCAUGCCCACCCCCGCUCUCCCCUCCGCCCCUACACACCUGUGGGAGUUGUUCUGCAAUAGCUCACAACUUAACACCACAGAAAAGUGUGAGGGGUACUUUAUUCAGCACGACCUGUUUGAGAUGCAGGCUAUCCCUGGCCUCAGUAGCGGAGUCAUCUCAGAGAACGUCUGGAGUUCUUACCUGAGCAAAGGGGAGGUGCUUGAAAAGAAGCCACUCCCCUCCACAAAUCUGCCUCACCCACCGUCAAAUCGCCUGCCUUAUGUCUUUGCUGACAUCACCACGUCCUUCACACUCUUGGUGGGGAUCUUCUUCCCUGCUGUCACAGGUAUCAUGGCGGGUUCUAACCGCUCAGGGGAUCUGAAAGACGCUCAGCGCUCCAUCCCCAUCGGCACCAUUCUGGCCAUCCUCACCACUUCACUCGUCUACCUCUGCAGUGUGGUGCUGUUUGGAGCCUGCAUCGAGGGCGUGGUCCUGAGAGACAAGUUUGGAGACUCACUGCGGGGGAACCUGGUAGUGGGCGCGCUGUCCUGGCCCUCCCCCUGGGUGAUUGUGAUUGGCUCCUUCUUCUCCACCUGUGGGGCGGGGCUCCAGUCUCUGACGGGCGCUCCUCGUCUGCUUCAGGCCAUCGCCAAGGACAACAUCGUACCCUUCCUGAGGGUGUUCGGUGAAGGGAAGGCUAACGGUGAGCCCACCUGGGCACUGCUGCUGACCGCUCUGAUCGCAGAACUGGGCAUCCUCAUCGCCUCGCUGGACCUGGUGGCUCCCAUCCUCUCUAUGUUUUUUCUCAUGUGCUACUUGUUUGUGAAUCUGGCUUGCGCUCUCCAGACACUCCUGAGAACUCCCAACUGGAGACCUCGUUUCUCCUACUACCACUGGACUCUGUCGUUUUUGGGUAUGAUAAUCUGCCUGGCCCUGAUGUUCAUAUCCUCAUGGUACUAUGCUAUUGUUGCCAUGGUGAUUGCUGGGAUGAUCUACAAGUACAUUGAGUAUCACGGUGCAGAGAAGGAGUGGGGUGACGGGAUCAGAGGUUUGUCUCUCAGCGCUGCUCGUUAUGCAUUACUGAGGCUGGAGGAGGGGCCCCUGCACACCAAGAACUGGAGGCCCCAGUUGUUGGUGCUGUUGAAGCUGGAUGAGGACGCCCAUGUGAAGUCUCCCCGCCUCCUCACCUUCGCCUCUCAGCUGAAGGCGGGGAAGGGCCUGACCCUCGUGGGGACCGUCAUCACCGGCAACUUCCUCACCAGCUACGGAGAAGCCCUGGCCGCAGAGCAGACUCUGAGGCAGCUGAUGGAGCAGGAGCGGGUGAAGGGCUUCUGCCAGUGCAUUGUGGCUCUGAAGGCCCGCGAGGGGAUCAGUCACAUGAUCCAGUCCAGUGGCCUGGGCGGCAUGCGCCACAACACGGUGCUGAUGGGCUGGCCCCACACCUGGCGCCAGAGCGAGGACCCCCACUCCUGGAAAACCUUCAUCAACACAGUACGGGUGACGACAGCAGCACACCUGGCUCUGCUGGUUCCGAAGAACACCUCUCUGUUUCCGGGCAACAGUGAGCCCUUCACUGAAGGCUACAUCGAUGUCUGGUGGAUCGUCCAUGACGGGGGCAUGCUAAUGCUACUGCCAUUCCUGCUACGACAGCAUAAGGUGUGGAGGAAGUGUGGGAUGCGGAUCUUCACGGUAGCGCAGAUGGAGGAUAACUCCAUCCAGAUGAAGAAGGAUCUGGCCACCUUCCUAUAUCACCUGCGCAUCGAGGCGGAGGUGGAGGUGGUGGAGAUGCACAACAGUGACAUCAGUGCAUACACCUAUGAGAGAACCCUGAUGAUGGAGCAGAGAUCACAGAUGCUGAGACAGAUGCGUCUCUCCAAAUCUGACCGAGACAGAGAGGCCCAGCUGGUGAAGGACAGGAACUCCAUGCUGCGUCUGACCAGCAUCGGCUCGGACGAUGACGAUGAAACAGAUGUUGGGGAUCGCAGUGUGGGCGGAGCUACAACUGAGCAUCGCCGCGUCCACAUGACGUGGACUAAAGAGCGCUUACAGCAAGUCCGAGCGCAGUCCGGCUGCAGCACGCCCGAGGGCUUCAGAGACAUGCUGAGCAUGAGACCGGAUCACUCCAACGUGCGUCGCAUGCACACAGCUGUAAAGCUGAACGAGGUCAUCGUCAACAAGUCCCAUGAUGCUCGGCUGGUGCUGCUCAACAUGCCAGGGCCCCCCAGGAACCAGGAGGGAGACGAGAACUAUAUGGAGUUUUUAGAGGUACUGACCGAGGGAUUAGAGCGCGUCCUAUUGGUCAGGGGCGGGGGAAGUGAGGUCAUCACCAUCUACUCGUGAUGGAGAGGAAGUGGAGUGGCCAGUGGAGACGGAAGGAGGGGAUCCGGCGGCUCUGCUGUAGAACUGAACUCUGAUGAACGACCGAUCUGGUGAACUCUGUUCACAGAAUGUGCACAUAACCCUAAAGAUUUGACCUACACUGGAACCCCCUUCACCGUGUCCCCCCACCCACGCCCACCCCCACUCCCGCUUUGUAAGACACAUUCCAUUUGGGGCAUCUCCUCAGUAUCGACAGCUAUCACUGCAGUGUUCCUCUUACAUGUGCAUGUUUGCAUAACUGCAUAUCGCAUGUGUAUGUGCGCCCACAAGUCAGUGUCAUUGUGUGUGUGUGUGUGCGUGUAUGACUCUAUCUGCAUGUGUGAGCGUGUGUGUGUGU